GCGCAGGGGGCAGUGUUUGUGUUUAUCUGUAAUGUUUGACGCCCGUUCUGCGCUUAUUCUCACGCUGUUCCCGCGCGUCCGUUUAUGAGGGAAACAGAGGGUGUUUUGCGAGAUCCGAAUCAAAGCGGGUCACCGGAACCGAUCGCCCUCCUGCACGCGGUUCCGACACUCGCAGAGCUCUUCAUAAACUCAAACCUACACGUACCAUGCAUAAGCUGAAGUCGACCCAGAAGGAGAAGAUCCGCCAGGUCAUGUCCUUCACCCGGGCCGCAGAGAGAACCGCUCUGUUCUGCCUGACCCACAAUGACUGGAGACGAGACACGACCGCGAGCAACCACUUCCAGAACCACCGGGAGCCCAUGGACCGCAAGAAGCUGGACCAGCUCUACAACCGCUAUAAAGAUCCUCACGACGAGAACAAGAUCGGACUCGAGGGAAUCCAGCAGUUCUGCGACGACCUGGUUCUGGAUCCCGCUAGCGUCGGCGUGCUAAUCGUAGCGUGGAAGUUCAGAGCGGCGACGCAGUGCGAGUUCAGUCGCGAAGAGUUCCUGGACGGCAUGUCGGAUCUGGGAUGCGACAGUCCCGAGAAGCUGAAGAGUCUUCUACCCAGACUAGAGCAGGAGCUGAAGGAUUCUGGGAAGUUCAGGGACUUCUAUCAGUUCACGUUUACCUUCGCCAAGAGCCCGGGUCAGAAGGCUUUAGAUCUGGAGAUGGCCCUGGCCUACUGGAACCUCGUUCUCACCGGACGCUUCAAGUUCCUGCAGCUCUGGAACACCUUCCUCCUGGAGCAUCAUAAGAAGCCGAUCUCUAAAGACACGUGGAAUCUGCUGCUGGACUUCGGGAACGUGAUCGCCGACGACAUGUCCAACUACGACGAGGAGGGAGCGUGGCCGGUGCUCAUCGACGACUUCGUGGAGUUCGCGCGGCCGAUCGUGACGUCACAGGGUCACCUGACUCUAUAAUGAGCGCUUGCAGGGAGGCCGAGCCUCUCACACGGACUCUUUUACAACGAAAGGAUUUACAUAUAUAUAUAUAUAUCUUUAACCGCAGAGAGAGCCUUCACACUGCACCUGGAACCAGUCUGCACUCGUACACCAGUGUGUUUUCCCAUCAGGCAACAGCACAUCCCAUGAUGCACCACACAGGGCCA